AUGUUUAUUUAAAGUUUUAUCCCUUCAUAAAAUUAUUAGGGAUAAAAUCAAUUAAUAUAAUAAAGUUAACCUAGCUACUUUUAUACUUAUAAUUAAGUUAUAAAUAAUCUUCCCCCUUAAAUCAAUAGAAUAGCAAUAAAACAGCACUAAAAUGGCGUAUUAAGCAGUAAUAAUUUAAAUAUCUAUAACUAAAACUAGGUAAUAUAAAACUAUUAAGCAUAAGUGUUUCUUAAUGGGUAUAGCUAUGACUAGAUAUUCUCAUAAGAUAAACUCUAGCUUUCAUAUGUGCAAGAUUUCCACUUAGAAAAAAAUGAUGAGAAUGUUAUAAACAAUCAUAACUUUUAUGAAAGCAAUAUAAUAAAAAGUAUACAUGAAAAUGAAGAAUAAAUAGACUUUUUACAAGUAAAAAUGAAAAGAUAAGAUGAUCUUGAUGCACAUGCUUCUAAUAAAUUACGUUGCUCUUUUUCUACAAAUUUGACUAAUGUUGAUAGAAGUUAUUUUGAGAUAGUAUGUAGUAUUGGAAAUUAACCCUUCCAAAUAAAUGAAACUCAAAUUGAAGAUGAAUAAUCAUCUAAUGACUAAGAAUAAAUAAUGAUUUAAAGUCUUUAUAGCUCAUAAUUUAUUAGUUAAAUUCCUCCAUAUUAAUAUAAAAACUCGCAUAACUAACCAUAAGUAAAAUAAAGCUUUAACGCAUCACCUUAGCAGACUAAUGAAUAAAAUUAAAUUAAACGCAAUUAAAAAUAAGAGUUCUUAAAUCAUAAUUUCUUAAUUGAUAACCUUAAAUAAGAGUUUCUUAAAUUUUAUGGUUUAAAAGAUGAAAAAAAAUUAGCCCAUUAAAUUCAUGAUGAUCUUUCUUCAAAAGUAAAAGAGAGAAGGAAUGGAGAAUUUACUAAAAUGAGUACUUUAAAAUUAAAAUAAUAACUAGAUUGUUAAUAUUUUACAUUUAAAUAAUGCGUUUAUGCGAAUUUAAAUAGUGGUAUGAGCAAAUAAUUUGUUAAUUAUUGUGGGGAAAUUAAUUUAAAUGAUAAUAAAGAAAGAGUUAUAAAUAAUCAAUUUUAUCAUAAUUUUUUAAAUAUAGAUGAUAGCAAAAACAAAGUUAACAUUUCAAUUAACGACAAUAAUAACAAUUUCAAGAAUUAUAACUAAUUUAUUGAUUUGAACAAGAAAUAAUCUCAUUCAAAUUUAUUUAAAAAUUUUUUUUGUUUAAAACCAAAUUCUGCUUCUUUUCUAAAAAAUUUUGACUUUUCUGAAAUAAGGCUAAACUAGCCAAAAUAGGCUUUAAAGAUAAGAAAUAAGAAAGAAAAUUCAUCUUAUAUAAAAAAUUCUCAGUUUCAUAACUUAAAUAAACUAUUUAUGUACAACAUUUUAAGCAUGUUUAGAACAGAUUCACUAAAAAAUUUUAAUUUACCUGAAAUAAUAAGUCAAGAGUUAUCCAAAAUAAUUUAAAGAUUUAAAAUUUCUAGCCAAAGGAAACACAAAAAAUAAAAUAAAGGAUUUUAUAGCUAUUUCACACACAGCCAUUAUAAUAUCCUUUUCUUAAAAUUAAAUGAUAUGAAUUUUCACUAAAUUAAGAACAGUCCUCUAGAUUUAGAUUUGCAUCAAUAAUGCUUUAAUAUUGAUCUUAGUAAAGAUGUUUCAGAGAUAGAAAUAGCGUAUAUGAAUUUGAUCAAGGAAAUUAAUUAUUAAAUUUUUGUGGUUAACAUAAGAGAAUAAGAGCUGAUUGACGAUGGAACUUAAUCCAAAUAAAAUAUAAGAAUCAAAUAUGCAUUGAAAGCAAUUAUUGGUAUUAAAAAAAUAUCUAAAGGAAAUUUAAUAAAAAAGUUUUGA